CCGCGGUGCAGAAUUACUUGCCGCCGACGGAAACGCGAGUGCCGCGCUCUACGUAGCUCUGCAGAAAGGGUACGCGGACGUCGCCCUAAUGCUCGUCAACUGGGGUGCCGACGUCGUGGCCGGAGGCUGCCUAAGUGCACCGCUGCACCUGUUCCGACAGCUCGGGUAUCAAACGGUGGCGCGGCUGCUGAUCGACCGGGGAGCCGACGUCCACGCCGGCAAUCAGAACGGGGAAACACCGCUGCGUCUGGCGUCUGGGAGAGGACACAUAGCGAUGGUCGCGCUCCUCCUCGACCACGGUGCCACCGUCUCGGCUACGGCCCCAAGCGGUACAACGCCGCUCUAUAUGGCGUCGGAGGUAGGCUCCGAGCCGGUGGUGCGGCUGCUGGCCGACCGGUGGCGGACGUCUCUUCCGCCGACGUAUCCGGCCGCACUCCACUGUACCUAGCCUCUGCGGGAGGACACCAAGCGGUGGUCGCGCUGCUCUUCGACCGAGCAGCCGACGUAUCAGCUACUGCAACGUGCGGGACGACGCCGCUACAUGUGGCCGCGGAGAUGGGGUCUGAGCCGGUGGCUCGGCUACUCGUCGAUCGUGGAGCCGACGUCUGUGCCUCGCACACCACUCUGUCGGGUACACCCCUGCACCUAGCCUUGCGGCGACGACAUCCGUUGGUAACCCGGCUGUUGAUCGACCGUGGAGCCGACGUCAAUUCCGUCAACUAGGAGGGGCAAGCGCCGCUGCACGUGGCCACAGAGCGGGGAUACGAGGCGGUGGUGCGCCAGCUGGUUGGUCGGGGAGCUGACGUCUCGGCGGUGG